AAUUUGCGGAUAUCAAAGCUCUAAAAGUCAAGAAUAUCUUUCUGAACUGCAAUAUCUCCUUUGAAAGACAAUGUAUGUUUAACAAUAUAUAUUCCGGUUAGCGGUUAUGUUUAAAGAGUAAAAAGUUUAAAAUGGCAGAGUUAAAUAUUGGUGCUCAUUGCUCAUUUAAAGAAUGCAAUCAAAUAGAUUUUCUACCAAUUAAAUGUCAAAAAUGUGAUUUGAUGUUUUGUAAGUUACACUCUGUAGAUUAUCAACACUUGUGCUUGUUUUCUUCUAAUGUGUCUAUUAAUGAAGUAUCUGGAAAAGGUUCAACUUUAUCUGGAUAUAAGUGUAGUAUUGAUGAUUGCCUUGUACGAGAGCUGAUAAUGAUAAUUUGUGACAGGUGUAAUCAGCAAACAUGUCUAAGACAUCGCUUACCAGAAGAUCAUAGUUGUCAAGGGUUUAUCAAAUUUAUUAAAACUAAUGGAUGUAAAAUAUUGGCAACUCAAGGUUCUGGACUUGAACUACAAAUAAAAUCUGAUGGAAUAGAAUUGCUCACAACUCAAGGUGCAAAGAAUUGCAUCAAACACAAUUUAAAGACACAUCCAACAAAUAAGCCUUCAAAAACAUUAACAAAAGUAAUGCAAAUGAAAAUGAAAAUGAAUUCCAUUGGGAAUGAAUCUGUUCCUUUAUCUGAGAGAAUUUAUUUGAAUGUUUUUUAUCAAAAUCAAUGCAAGCCUUUAUUUUUUAGCAAAGAACUUUCUAUGGGUAGAAUUCUGGAUCUAUCAGCUCAGCAAUUCGAUUUAAAAAAUCAAAAUCAGUUUGCUUUCUCAAAAAAGUUAAUAUUUUGUACCUUUCAGAAUAAAGAAAUAGCUUUAGAUAUUAAAAUAAAAGAUGCAGUUGAAAUUUAUCACCUUAAUGAAUUUGGAGAUAUUAUUUUGAAAUAUGAAUAAUUUAAUGAUAUAAGUGUCAUAUUGGAUUAAAGCUAAUGUAAAUUUAAAAAGUGUCAUAAAAAUGUUUAAAAACUAAAUUUC